AUGCAGGACCAGCAGCAGCUGGGCUGCCCAGAAGGCCACAGCGCCCUGCUGCAGCUGCAAGAAGCUGAGCUCCGCCAGCUGGACGCCCUGAAGAAGUGGAUGGGGCAACGCGCCAAGAGCGACCGGGAGUACGCGGCCCAGCUCCACCAGAUGUACUGCCUGGCCGAGAAGCAGGAGAGCAGCCGGCAGCCCAGCGCCAGCCAUAUCAGCCAGUGCUGGUGGUCGCUGGUGACCCAGACGGAGGCCCUGAGCCAGCUCCUGCAGCAGCACGCGGAGGCCCUGCUGGCCGGGCCCCUCCACAAACUGGGGCUGCUCUCCCGCGACAAGCAGCAGCUGCGCCGGACCUACAGCGAGCAGUGGCAGCAGCUGAGCCAGGAGUUCACCCGGGCCACGCAGCAAGAGCCGGAGCGCUUGAAGGCGCAGUACUUGGCCCACAUCCGUGAGAGCGCCCAGGCCAAGCGCAAGUUCCAGGAAGCCAGCAAAGAGAAGGAGCGCGAGAAGGCCAAAGACCGGUACGUGCGGAGCCUGUGGAAGCUCUACUCGCUGCACAACCAGUACGUGCUGGCGCUCAGGGCGGCGGAGGUGCACCAUGCCCACCACUUCCAGCAGAUGCUGCCCAGCAUGCUCCAGUCGCUCCACAGCCUGCAGCAGGAGACGGCCCGCCUCACCAAGGAGACGCUGCAGGAGUACGCCGCCAUCAAGCUGGUGCAGGAGGAGAUGGUCUCUGUGCACCAGGCCAUGGGCAGGGCCCUCCAGCGCCUCCACCCGGCCAUGGAGUACAGUGGAUUCACGCCCCAGUGCAGGUGCGAGGGGGAGCCCCCGUCGGUGGUGGCCUUUGACAAGAGCCUCCUGGAGGACCUGGAGACGGAGGGCCUGCAAGCGGGGGAGCUCCAGCUGAACGAGCUGACCCUGGAGAGCCUGCAGCACACCCUCACCUCAGUGGAGGAGGAGCUGGCCGGGGCCGCCAGAAGCGCCCAGGACCUCCAGCCGCGGGUCCAGGCCCUGUGGGGCGAAGUCCAGAAGGAGGAGCAGGAUGGGCGCUGGGACGAGCGCAUCCUCCUCCUGGGGAAGCGCCAGGCCCUCCACGAAGCCCUGCACCGCCUCCAGCUGGCCCAGUGCGCUCAGGCCAAGCUCCAGGCCCAGGAGCAGGCGCUGCGGCACAAGCUGACCGAGCUGGGCUCCAGGGACCCCCCACCUGCCCCAGCCCUGCAGGAGGACGGUCUGGCCCUGGCCACUGGGGGGCAGCGUGAUGGGGGCCGGAGGCCAGCUCUGGAGGUCCUGAAGCACCAUAUCUCUGGCAUCUUCCGCCCACGCUUCUCACUGCCUCCCUUUGUGCCCAUCCUGCCGGAAGAGCAGAAGCCCCUCAACCAGCAAGCCUGGUACCACGGUGCCAUACCCCGCCUGGAGGUGCAGGGGCUGCUGCAGGCUGAAGGGGACUUCCUGGUGCGCGAGAGCCAGGGCAAGCAGGAGUGCGUCCUGUCGGUUCUGUGGGACAGCCAGCCCCGGCAUUUCAUCCUCCAGGCAGUGGAGAACCAGUAUCGGCUGGAGGGCGAAGCGUUCCCCACCAUCCCGCUGCUCGUUGACCAUUUCCUAAAGACCAAGCAGCCCAUCACAAAGAAGAGCGGCGUCCUCCUGGUCAAGCCCAUCCUCAAGGACAAGUGGGUGCUGGACCACGAGGAGGUGCUGCUCGGGGAGCGCAUAGGGCAGGGCCACUUUGGGGAGGUGUUCAGCGGGCGCCUGCUUUGUGACAACACGCUGGUGGCCGUGAAGACCUGCCGCGAAACUCUCCCGCCGGAGCUGAAGGCCAAAUUCCUGCAGGAGGCUGGGAUCCUGAAGCAAUACGAUCACCCAAACAUUGUCCGGCUCAUUGGCGUCUGCACCCAGAAGCACCCCAUUUACAUUGUCAUGGAGCUCGUACAGGGAGGGGACUUCCUCAGCUUCCUGCGGAACGAGGGGGCCCAGCUGCAAGAGAAGGAGCUGCUCCAGAUGAUGCAGAACGCCGCCGCGGGGAUGAAGUAUCUGGCCAGCAAGGGCUGCAUUCACCGGGACCUGGCAGCGCGGAACUGUCUGGUGACAGAGAAUAACACCCUCAAGAUCAGCGACUUUGGCAUGUCCCGGCAGGAGGAGGAUGGCGUUUACUCCUCCACGGGGGGCAUGAAGCAGAUCCCUGUGAAGUGGACAGCGCCAGAAGCCCUUGGUUAUGGCCGGUACUCCUCGGAAAGUGACGUGUGGAGCUUUGGGAUCCUGCUUUGGGAAGCCUUCAGCCUGGGUGCUACACCUUACGCCAAUAUGAGCAACCAACAGGCCCGCGAGGCUGUGGAGAAGGGGAUGCGGAUGAGUGCCCCCAAUCAAUGCCCAGAGGAGGUGUACCAGCUCAUGCUGAGGUGCUGGGAAUACCACCCCCAGGACCGACCGACAUUUUGCACCCUCUUCCAAGAACUGGUGUCCCUGCAGAGGAGGCUGCCCUGA